UGAUAGCUGACGACGUUUAGAGACGAAACAAAACACAAAAUAAGACAAGAAGAGACCAAACACAUGUGAUCUGCAAACGAGUCGCCGUCCACAGCACCAGCAGCGUCCGCCUUUUUUUUUUUUCUUUUUUUUGUCAUGGAUAGAAGUUAAGCCCGCAAAAGUACGAGCGGAUAAGUUUAUCCGGCGGUGGGUUCUUUCUUUUUUUUUUUUUUUUUUAUUGACUUUGAACACAGCAGCAGCAGCCGCGAUGCCCUUUUAAACUGAGGGGGGAGUUUGCUGCGGUGUUUGAGAAAGAGUGAGGCCUGAAACAUGAUGUCCAUUGGAACCGAUAGCUGACACUGUAGAAUGAGAGAGGAUGGAACAGACAGACAACCCUGCCCCUGAGAGCAACAACCCUAAUGGGUUUGUCAACCGAGUGUUUAAUGUUUCUCUGGAUGUGGAGAAUGAAACCAGCAGUGUUUAUAUACAGGAGACUAAGCCAGGGCCUGCAGAGGGGCACGGGGAGACCCAGGCUGCCUCGUCUCAGACCCCUGUCAAGGACAGACAGGAGGUCAACCGGAGGCCUCGUGCCACGGGAGGUAUCUGGAAGAUCUUGAAUCGAAAGAGAGCCGUCGCAGAGCUCGAGAGGAGACCCCACUCCAUGAUCCUGCCCGGGGAGGCUUCCAUUCCUAAACUCUCAUUUGCUGACAAAGUUCGCUCUUUUAAGAAGCUUAAAUCCCCUGCUGUGUUUAGAGGGAAGACCGGCAAAUUGUCCACUGCCAAGUUUACCAGCUCCUUUGUGGAUGAGGACUCUUUCUGCCGCGACAUUGGCACUCCUCAACAGGCCAGCAGGGGCACGCUCAGACACCGUGGCAAGAGGCAUUCGUAUGCGGGCUACACGGCAGAAUUCGACUGCUCGUUCGAAGACAUUGACCUCUCAGCUCCUAUAGACGGUCAUCAGCCCGCUGUACUGGGAGAGGCUGUGGCUCAGAAUGGCUGUAAACCAUCUGAACGAGUUUCUUAUGCUAAAAGAAGCCAUAACAAUUCAAGCAACUGUAACAAAAGCACUGCAGGUUGUGAAGAGUCCAGCACUAAGAGUAGCCCGAGGACCCACCACAGUGCAGGAAGGAGGCACAAAGAUGUGUGGAGUUACCUGAGGAGGAUUUCCCUUUUGGGGAAGAGCAAUCCUGUCUACUCAGAGAGGAGCUUUGACUCUGAGCUUCACUCACUGGACAAAACCGUGGACUCAGACUUUGGUUCUGUAGACUUUGAGACUGUCAGAGACUGUCAGCCGCCGCCCCCGAAACACUCGGACAACAAGGGGCACUUUGGUGGCCUUUUCAAGUUUUUCAACAGUGUAGCAGAGACAGCCAGAAAAUGGCGAACGACCUCACGCUCCUUCUCUCCUCCAGAAGGAGAGAGGAGUCCGAUGAACUCCCCACAGGCCCCACAGCGCACAGUGGACAACAUUCACAGUGUUUCUCUGACACUCCACAAUGAAGGACUUCCAAAACCCCAGCACACCCCAUCAUCGCCAGUCACCGCUAAUUCCUCACACUCGGGUGGCUUUGACGGCGAGACCCCAGCACCUGUGACGGGUGGACAGUCCCCUCAGGUGGUCCUGAAAGCCUUCAGGGCAUGCCCAGGGUCUCGAGCUGCCAAUGGCCUUCAGAGUUUUGAGCUUACAGACAAACCUCGAGACAGCGAGACAAACCACAGGUCGACAGCCGUAGUCGAGAAUCAUAACCCUCAUCCGGGUCCAAACACGGAGGCUAGAAAGGAGUUUGAAAGGGAUCAAUCGAAUGGUCUUUGUCGAGGGGAAAAGGUAGCGGGACAGACAGGAAAUGAGCAGGAUUCCAGGGAUGCUCAGCUUGACUCCAACCAGAUACAGGAGGCAAAUGUCCAAUCACAACAAGGUGAUAAAGAAAGCACAACCAAUAGCGUACCGGCAUCAGAUUCCACAGAGGAAAUAUUUAAGCUGUGCGAGCAGAUUGCCAGCCAGACAGGCUGCAGUGUAAGACAGCCGGGCCCAGCCAUGCCCCACUCUAGCACAGAGAAGACCUCUGUACCUCACAGGCGCUUGCGGCCUCGUCCUCGCCCGGCCUCAGCUGUACUGGACCUGUGGAGACCCAACCCGGACCGAGACCUCUACAACCAUUAUAGUGAGGUCGGCUCCAUAUCCCGGCGGAGACGCAGGCCUCCUUCCACCAUGCAGCACUCUCGGACCGCUGCUCGCUCCAGGCCUUGCUCUGUCAUAGAGACCAGUGUUACUAGGGAGACGCAGUCCACGGAGCUGCACCACAGAGCCUUGUCUCGCCCCCCGGGUGUGUCACCGUUAGAGCCCCCGCACAGGGCGUCUCUCCAGCGGUGCCGCUCGCUGCCCCUGCCCCCCAGCACUCUCACUGCCUUGGCGCUGCUCCUGCCCCAGUCAGCACACAUGGGUCAGUCGUCAUCGUCUGUGCGUCUGCGGUCCGGAGGCUCCGGUAGCUGCAGGAGGAGGAGGCUGCUAAGACCUGGAUCAGAACCGCUUCAGGUCAACAUAUUGAUAAGUGGAGGGUCAAUCGUCAACGCUGAGGCGGUAUGGGACCAUGUGACCAUGGCGGACCGGGAGUUGGCGUUUAAGGCCGGUGACGUCAUCAAGGUUCUGGACGCCUCCAACAAGGACUGGUGGUGGGGCCAGAUUGAUGAGGAGGAAGGAUGGUUCCCUGCCAGCUUCGUACGGGUGGAACCCCACCCUCCUCAGCCCCAAACAAAACAGGUUUUCUAUAUCAACCCCAUAGCAACUCCACGGUUCCAAAACACCACGUCAAAGCUGUGGGUGAAUCAGGAGGACGGUGGAGCGGAGCCAGCCGAGGGGACCAGCGAGGUGCAGAACGGGCACCUGGAUCCAACCAAUGACUGUCUGUGUCUGGGCUCACCCCUCCAAAACCGAGACCAGAUGAGGGCUAACGUCAUCAAUGAGAUCAUGAGCACAGAGAGACACUACAUCAAACACCUCAAGGACAUCUGUGAGGGCUACUUGCGCCAGUGCAGGAAGCGUGUGGACAUGUUUAAUGACGACCAGCUGAAGGUCAUCUUUGGAAACAUCGAGGACAUCUACCGCUUCCAGAUGGGUUUUGUUAGAGAUUUGGAGAAACAGUACAACACAGAGGAGCCCCACCUCUCUGAAAUCGGGCCAUGCUUUCUAGAACACCAAGACGGUUUCUGGAUCUAUUCAGAAUACUGUAACAACCACUUGGACGCCUGUAUGGAGUUGAGCAAACUGAUGAGGGAUGGCAGGUACCAGCACUUCUUCGAGGCCUGUCGCCUCCUCCAGCAAAUGAUUGACAUCGCCAUAGACGGCUUCCUGCUCACCCCUGUCCAGAAAAUCUGCAAAUAUCCACUCCAGCUAGCUGAGCUUCUUAAAUACACCGCACAGGAGCACAGCGACUAUCGAUACGUGGCAGCGGCUCUGGCAGUAAUGCGGAACGUCACUCAGCAGAUCAACGAGAGGAAGAGGAGGCUGGAGAACAUCGACAAGAUCGCCCAGUGGCAAGCCUCGGUUCUGGACUGGGAGGGGGAUGAUAUCUUGGACAGGAGCUCGGAGCUCAUCUACACUGGGGAGCUGUCAUGGAUCUAUCAGCCGUAUGGACGCAGCCAGCAGCGAGUCUUCUUCCUCUUUGAUCACCAGCUGGUCCUCUGUAAGAAGGAUCUGAUACGCCGGGACAUCCUGUACUAUAAAGGCCGCAUCGACAUGGAUCGCUACGAGGUGCGGGACGCCAUCGACGGGCGCGACGACGACUUCAACGUCAGCGUGAAGAACGCCUUCAAAUUGUGCAACAAAGACAGUGAGGAGAUCCACAUCUUCCUGGCCAAGAAGCCGGAGGAGAAGAUCCGCUGGCUCAGGGCCUUCCACGAGGAGAGGAAGAUGGUGCAGGAGGACGAGAAAAUCGGUUUCGAGAUCUCUGAGUAUCAGAAGCGACAGGCAGCCAUGACAGUGAGAAAGGUGACCAAACAGAAAGGUGUAAACAGGUGCACGCCCCCCUCAUACCCGCCCCCCCAGGACCCCCUCAGUGCGGGGCAGUAUGAGGUAACGGAGGACAUGGCACAAGGAGAGGUUUUUGAAUUCAGUCAAUCCAAAAGAGGCCAGGCUCCUUUCUGGCAGAAUUUUAGUAGAUUAGCUCCAUUUAAGAAAUAGAGAUUCACAGACUCUUCUGAAGGACCAGCUAUUUUUCUUAGAAGCACUAAACACUGGAUGAUCAUGUCCCAUGAUGAAGAAAAAUACGAAAAACACACAUACACAAGAGACUUCGAAGUUAAGGACCAAUGUUAAUAUAGGGUGUGAUUGGAAGCAGCGAGAGGACUGAAGACUUGGAUUUAAAAAAUCGAGAAAAAAAAAAAUACAACUUUACAAUUCAUAUAUGUUAGUAACGUUCUUAGUUAUCACGCUUCUCCAGCCGAGUCAACUGUCAUGAACUCUUUCCCUUUGGAUUCUGCAUACUCAUCUGAAUGUCCUGGAGUUGUUGAGAUUGUUUUUUGAUUUCAUUUAUGAUCCAUCGCAUCUGGAGAGAAUCACGAGGUCGCGCCGGGUCAUUCCUAGUUCUGUGAUUGUGUCCAGAAAAAGCUGAGAUCUUGCUGUGCUGCUAUGUGAGAUUGUUUGUUGCAUUCUUCUGAAUGUGAGAUUGAAUCAACGACGACCUCGGCUACCGGCCGCGGCGAGUGAAGGACCCGCCGAGCUCGACUGUCAGCGUCGCCUUCCGAGUUAGAUCCAUCCCGCCGCUGAUCACAGGACCGAUCAGACCAUCUCCGCUCUACUGAUGUCUGCAUCCGGAUCUCCUCCACAGUCCUCUCUCUCUCUCUCUAGCCGCUCUCUUCGCAAAGUCUGACGUCUCAGCGUUUCCCCGCAUCCCUCUUGUUCCCUCCGUAUCUCUCCAUCCACCUGCUCGGCCCUCUGUGAGUCAGCGGCUCUCAGAGGAAGAGGUUCAUUCCUUUGGACACCUGCCAUUGGCCAUGAUAUGAUGGGUCAGGCAACAAAUCAAUAGUCUGAACAUCAAUAGAAUAUUUACAUCCUUUCACCAACCGCUUGUGACAGGGUAUUCAUAUUCGAUCACGCCGAGGGUCUGUGCGUCGCAUUUGACGGAGAGCUUGCCGCUCAGAUGAAACAGCUGGGAGCAGGAGAUAGGCAGGCUAUGGUCCACCUGCCUUGUUUCGCAGUCCCUCCCCUCUAUCCCACCCAAACCCCCCAUCCCCAAUCUCCCCAGAGACCACCCCUGUAGCACUGUGCUGGCAGCUCACUGGGUGUUUGGAAAGAGCACAGCCUACCUCUGGAAAUGAGUGCUAAAAAGUGAAGUUGAUGCAUUGGCCAAGGUCUAAAAUAAUUUUUUUUUUUUUUGGUGUCAGCUGUAAAAGAAGACUUCUUCAGUUAACUUAAUGAUUUGCUCACACUGUAAAAAGCACAGCACAUAUUCAGCCUGAAUACUUUUUUGUUUUUUCUCUCAUUUUGAGUACGAGCGAUACAAAUAUGCAAUGCUACAGUGUGAGGAACCAGUAGGAACCCUAUCCAGCACAGGGGGAAACGGUCAGAAAACGGAAUAUGGGAAGUGGACAACAUUCUGAGUCAGUACUGGCAAAAAAAAAAAAAAGUCCACUGCAGUAGUGUGAGCUGAUACCGCAGGGAGGCAGAAAGGUGAAUUUAAUCUGUAGCAUGCAGGUGUCCUCUGACAGAUUCAUGCAUCUCUAAAGACUGAAGCUUCCACAAUCUUGGCUCUCGGCCCCGCGUCACGUUGUUUUCCAGAUCUGAUCCAUGUUCUGGCAGUUAGCUCCGGCACCAUUAAGCGAUUCACAAAGGACUGUGGCCCGAUCAGAUUGAUUUGUUUAAUCAACAAAGCCCCACCUCCCCGAAGCUGCUGCGUGCGUGUGAGAGAUCCCGCCACAGAGUCCUUCAGUUAGAAAAGCAGAAGAUCCGAAGAACUGAGGAGAAAACUACCGAUUUACACAUGAAGGUGUUCUUUUCUACACUUGGAAUGUAAGUGAAACAUCUGUCCACGGUUUGUGAUCAUACUUUGACCUCAGAUACAGAUUUGUUUUGGGUUUUUUUGUGUUGAAUUAUCACCUGAUGGACAGUACAUAUACAGUAUGACAACUUGUGCAAUGUGAUAUAUCAUUAUAUAUCUUCACUAUUCACUACAACGUGAUAUGAAAGAGUUAUAUAUUGUUCUAUGUCAUUUGUUUGCCUUCUUAUAGGCCUUAUAACCUAUUGGAGAGAAAAAAAAGACUAGAAAAUUGCUUUGUAUGUUGUGUAAUUUAUGUUCUGUUUCAGUAAAGAAAAGUUGAGAAACGGGUGAGUUGGCUGCUGGUGUCUGUAGAGAUGGCUCCCAGUGAGAUUGUUUUGGAAGAUAAUUCUCUUGUCUGGCACAGCAAAAAGAUAUGGUUCCCAGGCCAUGAUAACCUCAGGUCCCGUGCUACGCCCACCCCCAUCUCCCCCCACACUCCUCCUCCUCCUCCCACCUCCUCCCACCUCCCCUCACCGCACACACACCUCCCUAUUCAACACUACCGCCAGUACCGACGCACAGACACAAGCAUGCAGGCGAACACACACACAAACACUGACGACACAUAAUCAUGCGCACUUGCUGGCCCGUUCUGCUGCGGAGAAGAGAGAUGCUAUCUAACAGUGCCUUCCAGCAUUCCACUAGUGAUUAUCUAUUCAGUUUCACAGGCAGAUUUGAAUUAGUCAUGUAUUUUCCCUUCAGUGCAUCUCUCACUCUCUUCCUUUUCUCUCUCCGUCUCUCAUGCACGCCGGGAAUUCCUGGUUCCCCCGGUGCAUGAGAUCCACUCGGACAGAAACUUUAGAGGUCAGGCCUUUUCCAUAUGAGUAGAUAUACUGUGCUGUCUGACUGAAACACCUAAAAAAAAACAACACACCUUUAUUAUAUUCUAUCACACUUACAUAGCAGCAAUUUUAUUGCACAAGAAGAAUUCUGAUUUCAGAUGUUUAGAAACUGCAUAGAGUUCAUUUAUUGUUAUCUAUUUAACAUACUAAAGACGGUUUAAUUUGAGUAUAUCGUAGGAAACAGAGUUUUCAUUAGUCGACUUAGGUUUCACAUUUCGAAGUAUAUUAUUAACAGCGAGUUAUGAAUCAAAAGAAGAAUCAUCUAUUUUACCUUUAUCAGCUACACACUGUAAAUACUGUACAAAGAACAGAUCAUAUAUUUGGAUAUUGGUAUUUUGCGUUGGAGACGAAUGUUGUUCCAGUUCUAGCGUGCGGUAGACCUCAGUACCAGGUAAAUGCAUGCUUGUGGCAUCCAAUAUUUUGCAUGAGACUUAAGGCAACUCUUAACAGAUUGUUUAGUUUCAUUUAACUUCCAAUUGAAUUUUCUUUUUUUUUCUUUUUUUUCUUUCUUUCUUUUUUUUUUUAAAUCUUUCCACAACGCGGAACCAUUCAUUUGUUCAACCCAUACCAUCUCACUAACGGGAGUUCUUUUCUCUGUCCACCUGUCUCCUGCUCACUUACACAUUACAGGUUGUAGCUUCUGUUUUUUUUUUUUAUUUAUUGACAAGUGGAGGGGAGCAUCUUCUCCUCACGCUGAAUCAAAGACUGAACUGUUGAUAGGUGAAAUGAAAGGCACUGAUGUUCUCUUUGCCCAGAUAAAAUGGGUACUAUAAACUGUAACAUUAUUUUAAACCUUAUAGCUAUAUUUUUUCUUUUCUUUUCUUUAAGUCCAACCUACACUGUCAUGCUCCAGACUUGCUGGUAAUGUUUCUCUGGAACACCAUUAUCUGCGGAGGCAAAACGGGUAUAAUUUUUCUAUGACAACAGUGAACCAAAUAGGAGUUAGCACUGAUCAUGGGUGUUUGUGUAUAGAUUUGUAGUCAAGCAGAAGAGCUGAAUAAAUUCGAGAAAAAAAAAAAAA